AUGCAAGGGAAACAUAAUAAGAAGGCGCCUAAGGACACUCGCCUAAACUUAUUACAAAUCAAUCUGCAUAAUUGUAGAUUAGCGCACGACCUGCUCCAACAAAAUGCAAUCGACCUUGACAUCGACGUGGUUUUGAUUUCUGAACCAUGGCGGAUACUAGACCAUUGGUUCGGGGCCGGGGAUGGCAGAGCGGCCAUAUGGGUCACUGCUAGGGCGACUGAAAGGAUUUCGUCUAUCCAACGUCUGGCCAGCAAAGACGGAUGCGUGGUAAUACAGCUCAACGGUAUAACAGUUGUUAGCUGCUACUACACGCCGAACAUGCGUCUGGACAAUUUUAUGACGCACUUGCAUCACCUUGAAGAUCUGAUAGGCACCCUGGAUCGCGAAAACCUGAUCGUGGCAGGCGACUUCAAUGAAAAAUCACCAGCCUGGGGGUCGGCCAAGUCGGAUACACGGGGCACCGCCACCCUCGAAUUGGCAAACCGUGUCCGGAUUUGCCCGGUGGUCAGUGAAGGGAAGUUCACUUUUGAGAGGAAUGGUCACCACUCUCUGAUCGACAUCAUGUUCUGCGGCUACCCUAUGCUUCGUAAGCUGGUGUCAAGCGUUAUAUUAAACAUGGAAACAGCCUCGGAUCACCGUUAUGUCAGACACGUGUUUUCCGGUGAAAACAUCUUCCACAAAAAAGCGCCUAGGCCUGGUGUGGUUGAUGUGGACAAAUUCCUGGCGCUAUACAGCAGGGCUAUAGCGUUGGUCUCUCCUUUCCUUAUGGAGACGGCUAUAGACAUCGACGAAUAUAUCCAGUUGGUAAGCGAACUCGCUGCUAAGUCUACGCGCCCUCGAUACCCCUCGGAGUUCAGACGCUCGAAAUGGCGGUGGACAGCAGAGGUCGGGGCGGCUAGACUGGCAGUCGUCAAAAGUAGGAGGAGGCUACAGAGAGCCAGGAGGAAGGGGCACGCAACUGGGAUCGAAAUUGCCAGAGCCGCUUACAUGACCCUUAAAAGAGACCUAAAAAGGACGAUUCAGGUCUCCAAGAACACCGCAUGGAAGGACUUCAUCAAAGGAAUUGAUGCUGAUGCCUGGGGUAGACCAUACACAUGGGUGGUUAACCAAAUUAAAGGGAUAUCGCCACCUAUUACCCUGAACCGUGAGGAACAUCGGGCGAUAGUAGGUAAGUUGUUUACCACCAUCCCUCCGGUACCAAUCCACGGGACCAUCGUUGACGUAUCCCGAUUACCCUCAUCGAGCGGGGCCCUGGGCGGUAACCAGGAUCCUCCGUUUACUGAAGACGAGGUCCGGGUAGCCUUAAAGAGGCUGAAGAAGCAUGCUUCGGGCCCGGACAAUUUACCGCUGUCGAUGCCUUACUAUAGGGUAUUUCCCCAGAGCUUGGAAAAUUGGGAGACUGGUCUUGAUCCUGAAAAAACCGGGGCCAGACAAUCGACCAGCCUGGCGCCCCUUAUGCAUACUCUCAAACUUCGCGAAAGUUUUCGAUAUGGUUUUACUAAGGGGAAAAGCACGAUUGAUGCGGUCAGCAGAGUCAUGGACCUUUGGAACGCUGCUAAGAAGAAGUCAAUGCACUGCUUUCUAGUGACCUUAGACGUUAAGAACGCAUUUAAUNAUUGA